AGUAUGGGUAUGGGUGAAUUCAAUGCAGCCUUAAUAAUUUUGGUAUGGCUCAAAUCUUCUCCAAUGGCCCAUGGCCCAUCCCCUAACCCCCGAAAUCAAUAAUAACUACCAACUCCCCGACUUCUCUACACGGGUUUAGGCGGUCAUUCGCUCACUCCUCCGCCUCCGCCUCCGCUGCCGCCGUGCUCCGCCACUUCCCCCAAAUACUCGGCGAGGAGAGAGAAAUGGGAAAGGGGAGAACUCUGGAAUGGGCGGCGCGUGCAUCACACUUUUGCGGGAUUCCCCGGAAGUUAACCAUCACUUCUGUCGGCGCUUUUGCCAAGGCGGUGGUGACGCUUUUCAACUCCACCACUGUUCACAAUGGCGAUAAUCUUCUUCAUCUCGUUCGAUCUCGUCCUCCUGGUGUUCCUCUUCUCACCGUCAGCAAUCAUAUGUCCACGUUGGAUGAUCCACUCAUGUGGGGAUUCAAGGGCUUUCCUAUAACUGAUGCAAAAUUGGCAAGAUGGGUACUUGCUGCUGAAGAUAUAUGCUUUAAAAAUACAGUGCUGUCUUAUUUUUUUCGACUUGGAAAAUGCAUACCUAUAACUAGAGGUGGUGGAAUUUAUCAGGAACACAUGAAUGAGGCACUUGAGCGUUUAAGCGAUGGAGAAUGGCUGCAUACAUUUCCUGAAGGGAAAGUGUCUCAAGAAGAUGGUCCAAUAAGAAGAUUAAAAUGGGGAACUGCUAGUCUUAUUACCCGUGCCCCAGUGACACCGAUAGUUUUACCAAUUUUCCACCAUGGUUUCCAUCAGGUCAUGCCAGAAGAUUACAUAUUUGGUAGAAGACCACCAUUUCCACUCAUCAACAAGCACAUUAAGAUUAUUGUUGGUGAGCCAAUAGAAUUUGACCUUCCUAGAUUGAGGAAGAUAGCGUUAUCAGAAUCUCAUAAUGAAUCAGAACCAAGGCUUGGAUGGCCGAGCAUCGCCCCUCAUGGUUUAGAUGAAGUAGCUCAGAGAUAUCUCUACUCCAACAUAUCAGAGAAGAUACAAAUCGCCUUGGAGAGUCUGCGGCAGUAUGGGAAUUCAAUCUCAAAACAAAGAGAUUAAAAAUUUGAAAUCUCUUGAAGUUAUAUACACAUUGAAGAUCUUUAAUUAUUUACCACAACUUUGUUACCCAAUAUUCAACUGAUCCAAUUUUACUGGCUAUUGCUCCAUGGUAAAUUCUUGGCUUAUAGCCCUUAUAAUCUUA